UGCCGCGCAGAAAGUCGGAAGUAAAUUUAGUAUUAAGUGCAUUUAUACUUAUUUUUUAAAGGAAUUCUUGCAUUAUUCUUAAUAUUUAUUUAUUGAUAUAAUUCAGACACGGUUUUUUUAUCGAUCAUGUCAGUUUAUUUAGAUUAUAAUGCUACCACUCCGGUAGAUACUGAAGUUCAAGAAACAAUAUGUUCUGUCAUUAAAAAUGUAUGGGGAAAUCCUAGUAGCUCAUAUGAUGUAGGCAAAACGGCGAAAAGUAUUGUUGAAAAUGCAAGAGGGAAAGUUGCUCAAAUGAUUAAUAGUUUGUCGAGCGAAAUAAUAUUUACUUCUGGCGGAACCGAAUGCAAUAAUAUGGUCAUAUCUACUGCUAUUCAAUAUUAUCAUAUCAAAGCUCAGAAUUUUACCAACGGUUUAAAAGACAUAAAACCUCAUAUUAUUACAACAAAUAUUGAACAUGAUUCUGUAAAACUACCAUUGGAAAAAUUAUCUGAAGAAGGUAAAAUUGAUGUUACAUUUGUUCCAGUUUCGAAAAUCACUGGUGCAGUUGACAUAGAUGAUAUAAUCAAUUCAGUACGACCUAAUACUUGUCUUAUAACUGUAAUGCUGGCAAAUAAUGAAACAGGAAUUAUACAGCCAAUUAGUAUUCUAAGGUCUAAAUUAAAAGCUAUCAAAGAUAAUAAAUUUCAAGGUGAACAUUCUCUAAACUCGAUUCUUUUGCAUACAGAUGCUGCACAAGCAAUUGGUAAAAUAGAAGUUGAUGUGCAGGAUUUAGAUGUUGAUUACCUUACAAUUGUAGGCCAUAAAUUUUAUGGACCUCGUAUUGGAGCACUUUAUUUUAAAAGUGGUGUUCCAUUAUUUCCUAUAUUUUAUGGAGGAGGACAAGAAAGGAAUUAUAGGCCAGGAACAGAAAAUACUUGCAUGAUAGCUGGAUUAGGAAAAGCUGCUGAAAUGGUAUCUUUUAAUUUAAAAGAAUAUAAUAAGCAUAUGACUGCCAUGAGUCACCAUCUAAAAAAAUGUCUUGAAACUACCUUUCCAAAACAUUGUAUAUUUCAUAUAAAAGAUAAUAAUAACAAAUUACCUAACACUGUAAGUGUUGCCUUAGAUUAUGAUAAAAUAACUGGUUCAUUGCUCUUAUCUGAAGCUAAGAACGUUUGUGCAAGCACUGGAGCUGCAUGUCAUUCAGGAGGAAAACCAUCUUCAAUUUUGUUAGCUUCUGGUAUUCCUUGUGAAUUAGCUUCAAAAACUCUUCGCCUGAGUGUUGGCCGAGAAACCACUGAAAGAGAAAUAGAAGCUGCUGUUGCAUAUCUGGAUGCUGCUUUGAAAAAUCUUGGUGUAAAAUGAUUAAAGUGCUGUUAUUGUUUUCAUUUAUUU